UUUGGAAAUCCAAACUAUUUGUUAUAUCAUAAAGUUCAAUUAGUGUUUGAAGUUUAGAACGUAUGAGAAGAUAUACAUUAGAUUAGACAAGCGAAAAAGAUUAGAAAAAAGGAAAGAAACUACACAUUAACUUUUUUGUUUUUUACCCAAGCCAAAACUUAUUGGGCUCCUAUUGGUUCAGAGCAUCAUUAGUUGACAAUUUCUCAAAAGGAGUUUCUUAAGAUUAUCGUACAUAAAAUGGGCCCAAAAGAAGAAAGCCCAGUAACUAAGCCCACAUAUUUCCCGCCCCUUACAGGAUGGACUCCCCUGCAACGGCUUUUCUGUGAAACAAUAAUUUCUUGAACAAGAUAGAGUGAGAGAGAUCGAGCUCAAAGAACGGCAUCAAUGGCGUCGAAGCUUCUGAGUUCCUUCUUUCUCCUAUCUCUCUAUCUCGUUUCAGUUUCCGAUGCUUCUCUGACAUCUAUCUCCUCCGAUCAAGCUUUCUCCGCCUCUGGACAGCCUUCGCUUCUCUCGAUCAAGUACCACCUCUCUCCGACGAGGCUCCCCGGAGAAACCCUAACGAACCUUCCUCACGGCGCGAAACUCCCCACUCUCAGAUCUAAUUCCUCUCUAACCGUCACGAACUCAUCGCGAUCUGGCCGAGUGAAUCUUUCGAUCAACGGCGUCCUAGUCCAAGAUUCGCCUCUCUUCGACGACGGUUACGUCGUGAUUUACAGUUCCGACGAGUUUUUCUCACCGCCGAUCAUUACUCCACCAUCGAUCGCAAACACUAUCUCAUCUCCUGCUGAAUCAAUCGAUUCGAUUCCGAUUCCUAUCCCUAGCUCAGCCCCUAGCUCACCGGUUAAGUCUAAACCGGUUAAUUGCUUCAACAUCUUCGAGUCGGCUUCGAGUUUGUUACUUUCGAGAGGUUUCGUGAUCAUGGCUACGUUUCUCGCUCUACAGCUCGAGAUCUCUCCUGGGAACGACACGAAGCUCACAGUCUUCGCUCCCAUCGACGAAGCGUUUUCCGUCAGCAACUUCUCCGAUUACGCUACUAUCUUCAGGGGACAUGUCAUCAAGCGGCUUCUCUCGUGGAAAGAUCUUGAGAAACUUGCGUGGGAAGGAUCCAUCUUGCAAGCUGCUCUCAAAGGUUAUGAGAUUGAGCUUUCUUGGUCUGGUGAUUUUCUUCUUCUCAAUGGAGUCCCACUCAUCUUUCCCGAUCUGUACGCCAACGAAUGGAUUGUUGUUCAUGGAGUUAACCAAAUGAUUGCACCGCAAGCAAGCCAGGCUAAAGUGGGAGAGUCAAUCUCAGAGCUAAACGGUGGAGAAGAAGAAGAAGAAGAAGAAGAUGAUGAUGUUCAUCGUGAGUUCUCUACUGAGUUAGGUGACUAUGGUCUUCACUGAUUCGUUUAAUGCAUUUUCAGAUGAUCUUCAGAUGAUUCGUUUAAUGAAUAUUAAUAAUGAGUAAAAAGUUUCUGAUCUUAAGAGACGCUUUGGGUGUGAAUGUGACAUCAUAGAUGAGACAUCACUGUUCUUCUUUUUUCAGUCUGAGGAAAACACAAAUGAUUGCUUAGAUUUCAGCAAAACCAAUUUGGAUAUUUUUUUUGAGUAAAAAGAAAAGACCUUUGAAGUUGAGGAAGUUUGAAUAUUAAUAAUGAUUUCAAUAUUUACCA